AUGACUUCUGACCAUUGCAGUGCCCUCCUCAGCGAGCAGGUUUCAGAGGCCAACGCUGCCUCCCUGUGCCUCUUGGCUAAUGUGGCACAUGCCAACCGAGUCCGUGUGGGGUCGACUCCCCUGGGCCGCCCCAGCCUCUGUCUGCCCCCAACCUGCCACACCGCUUGUCCCUUGCCAGGGACCUGCCACAUUCCUGGCAACAUUGGAAUCUGUGGGGCCUACAGCGAAAACACCCUGAACGGCCACGAGAAGGAGACUAUGCAGUUCCUGAACGACCGCCUGGCCAACUACCUGGAGAAAGUGCGCCAGCUGGAGCGGGACAAUGCAGAACUGGAGACCAAACUCCGUGACAGGAGCAAGUGCCAUGAGUCCAGCAUGUGCCCGGACUACCAGUACUACUUCUGCACCAUCCAGGAGCUCCAGCAGAAGAUUCUGUGCACCAAAUCGGAGAACAAUAGGCUGGUUGUGCAAAUAGACAAUGCCAAACUGGCCGCGGAUGACUUCAGGACCAAGUAUGAGACAGAGCGCUUGCUGCACCAGCUGGUGGAGGCUGACAUCUGUGGCCUGCGCAGGGUGCUGGACAACCUCACCCUCGCCAAGUGUGACCUGGAGGCCCAGCUGGAGUCCCUGAAGGAAGAGCUGCUUUGCCUCAAGAAAAACCAUGAGCAGGAAGCCCGCACUCUGAGGGGUCAGCUGGGAGACAAGCUCCGGAUUGAGCUGGAUAUUGAGCCCACCAUUGACCUGAGUAGGGUGCUGGGGGAGAUGCGAGGCCAGUAUGAGGCCAUGGUGGAGACCAACCGCCAGGAUGUGGAGCAGUGGUUCCAAGCCCAGUCUGAAGGCAUCAGCCUGCAGGCCAUGUCCUGCUCCGAGGAGCUGCAGUGCUGCCAGUCGGAGAUCCUGGAGUUGAGACGCUCGGUGAACGCCCUGGAGGUGGAGCUUCAGGCUCAGCACACGCUGAAGGACUGUCUACAGAACUCCCUGUGUGAAGCUGAGGACCGCUACGGCACAGAACUGGCCCAGAUGCAGAGCCUCAUCAACAAUGUGGAGGAACAGCUGUCUGAGAUCCGGGCCGACCUGGAGCGGCAGAACCAGGAGUACCAGGUGCUGCUGGACGUGAAGGCCCGGCUGGAGAAUGAGAUUGCCACGUACCGGAACCUUCUGGAGAGUGAGGACUGCAAAUUUCCCUGCAACCCAUGUGCGACCCCAGCCUUCAGCACUCCCAGUCCAGCUCCAGCAGCCUGUGCCCCCUGCUCCCGGGCAACCCAUGGGCUCUGCUCAUCAACUGGAUACUGACACACUCCUCAGCCCAAGGUGCUGGGAAACGGGAGGUGUCUUCAGCUCGUUAGGCUCUGCUCUGCAGGCCUGCUACCUGGGCCUUGCCUCCUUAGGGGCCAGCCAGGCAGGAGACUGAAGAGAGACAGUGCCACUCUGUGGAUAGGUGUUUGAGUCCAGCAGCUCAGCCCCUGUGACUGAAUUUGUGUUUCUUCCCCUCAAGAUGUCUCGAGUGCACCAUUUUCUCUCUUCUGUUGCCUCCUGAUCUCUCUGAGAUGGGGCAGGAACCCUUGUUUUUAUUUUGCUGUUAAACUUUUCUUCUGUAGCAGAAUGAGCCCAGCGCAGUCUGGCCUCAGCAUCUCCAUCCCAUGCUGAGAGCCUUGCUGGGAACUCUUUGAGCCACAUGCUUCUGUAGACGGGGGUUGUGGCUGGUUCACCAGAGUGGUUCUGGGAGAUGGCAAAGCCAGUGAAGGCUGGAGUUAAAAAUGGGACGCGGCAAAGUGGCACAGAGGAGAGAUACCCAACCUUGGACUUCACCGAGUGUAUUUGGAGACAGAUUUACAGAUAGAACUUUUAAAAUAUAGACGCUAAGUAAAAUUUCCCUUUUAUCUGGAUAAGCCACCUGGUCCUUGUGUAAAGGAAGAGCUCAAGUCUGCGGCACCACAGACCGCUGCAAAACUCUGAAAAUAUUAAGUGAUGGUAAUUGCUAUCAGUCUAGAAAGACCCAAACAACCUGACCCAUCCAAGCUCCCCAGUAAGCCCCACUGGUGGGUCCUGGCAGCUGUCUGGCUUGGAAUUUGUAGACAAUAGAACAUGAACCAGAAGCCCCAGGACAGGUAACUUAAAUUGAGCUUUUAGAAUGACAUGCCCAUUAUGAGCAAGGCACUGGCUGGGGCUUCGCCGACAUUGUGUCACAGGGCCCCACAUCAGCCCUGCAAAGAAGCAGCAGCUGUUAUUAUUCUCAGCUGGUGGCUGAGUCAAGACUUGAAACCCAGUCUCUUUGAACCAGAUCCAAAGCCUGUUCUUUGGAAGCUUUGAGGGGGAAACAAAUUAAACAUGAGAAGGUUUAGGGCAGUGGUUCUUAAAGCGUGGUCCUCCAGCCGGUAGCACUGGCAUUACCUGAGAACUUGCUAGACAUGCACAUUCUUGAGCACCAGCCCUGACUUUCUGAACCAGCAGUCUGCUUUAUCACGACUUGCAGGUGAUUCUGAUGUUGGUUCAAGUUUGAGAACCACUGGGUUAGGGGGUUUAUUUGAGGAGUGAGCCCUUGACUAGCCAGAUCCUCUACAGAAAGGGCUGACCUUGCCCUCCUGAUAUGUCCUCCAGUGAGGAAUCCUUCAUACCUUCAGAUCAGGAUAGAGCCUUUCUCUUUUACAUUGCAAGACUCUGAAAAUGUUAAAUGAUGGUUAUUUCUAUCAGUCUAGGACGAAAGGCCCAAACAAGCUGACCCAUCCAAUCUCCCCAAUAACUCCCGUUGGUGAGUCCUUCUGGAAACUGCUCAGCUUGGAAUUCGUAGACAAUAGAACAUGAAUCAAAAGCUCCAUAUUUUGAUAUCCAUGGCUAAGAAUCAGCACAUCCCCAGAAUUCAGCAUUACAGCUGGCCAGAGAAGCAGAGUUCCCCAUCCUUGGAGACAAGCAGAGGCUUCAGAAUCACUGGUGGGGAUGUUGAGGGGAACACUUAGGGAACUGAUGGGGCUGGUUGAGAUGGCUGUAAGAGGUCUUCUAGCCCCCACAACUCUGUGCAUCCCUGCUUUAUAAGUCUUAUUGAUCAGUGAAUCCACAAGCAUUGAAGUGGAAUCACCAAACCUACUUUAGGAGUUGGUUUUGGUCUUCCCUUUCUGUUCUGUGAAUUCUCUGAAUCACUGUAGCUUGCUGAAAAAGUUACAAGUACAGCUGGUUCUGGUUUAAUCCAGGUCUUCCUGAUACAGAGCUGUGGUGCCGGAGUGAUCACAGUCCCUAGCCCCAAGGCUGGAGGGAGCUUAAGUGAGAAUCUGGUUGCUCUGCCUCCAACUGCUCUCAAGCCCAGCGUCCUACUUUUUGGUCACUGCUCAUGUACAUAGGACUGAUCUGCUUGAGAGACAUUAGGAUUUACAGCAUAGGAAGCCCAGGAAGGGUCAGAGGUGGCCACACCCUCCCUUCCUCUGUUCUUUUUCUCAAGUGGUAAAAGUGUUUUGGCACAUGUGACACACCCUUUGGGCACCUACCCAAGAGAAGCUCUCAAUAAUGAACAGCGAUCUCGAUUAGUCUUAAUUUAGCGUCUGACCCAGCUGCCCUCACCUCCUUUGUACUUAAAUAGCUCCUUUCAUCCAACAAGUUCAAAGCUGUCUAACAAAAUAAACCCACUUAUUCUUGCACCAUGACAGCGUAGGCAAGCAUUGUCCUUCCCAUUAAAGGGAGAGAGAGAGAAGGUGAGUCAUUCAGUGGUUGAGGGAUUCUGCUGGUGACAUAAAGUGAGUCAGUGGGGCCCCAGGGUGAUUGACCUGUGUUUCUUAAGUUCACAUCCAGUGCUCUCUCAUUUCUAAUUAAAAGAUUAGCUUUGAUAAGACAGUACGUGUGUGUGCACACGCGUCUGUGUGUUUGUUGUAUGUGAAGAGUUUCCCUGGAAACCACACAGGUCCUCAUUACCAUUACCAUCACCAGAAUCAUCAUCAUCAUCAUCAUCAUAAAGUCAUAUAGCUUCAUCAUCAUCAUCAUCGUCAUAGAAGCAUAUAUCCAUCAAACUCUUACUAUGAGCCAGGCGCUGGUUUACAUUAUAGCUACAAUCAUAUGGGUAAACUCAUUUAAUCAUUACAGCAAUCCUAGAAAGCCAAUGCUAUUGUUUCCUCAUUUUGCAGACAAGGAGCCAAGACUCAGAGAGGUUAAGUAACAUGCCCAAGGUCACACAGCUAUUAGGUGGUGAAGCCAGCCAAGCAGCCUGCCUCCGGCAACUGUGCUCUUAACCACUGUGCUUUACAGAGGCCAAGUCUCAGAUUUUGUCAACAGGAUGAUGGAAUCAUAAUAACCCAAUUGUUUUGAUUCCUUUCCUUGAAGGAAAUGAGUAUGUUUAUGUUAGAAGAAACGUUUCUGAGAAUUUAUACAACCAAGGGUGGUACAAGGAAUGAAAGUUCUUUAGUAUCACAGGAUCUUGAAGCUUGAGGACUCUGGUAAUUUUAAUAAACUGAGAGUUGCCAAAGAAGCUCAACUCACCUCCUGCCAUUGUAAA